CGACUCACGACUCACGACUCACGCUCAAGGCCCACUCAAACUCUAGACUCUGGACUCUUGACUCGAGACCCACGCGAUGGAGAUUUUUGAGUGAUCACGCCAAUCGACAGAACUACUCACACUCACACCCACAACCUCAGACUCUAAUCUGUCGCAAGUGAUGGUCAGAUUUGCGAUUGUCGCCUCACCCAUCAUCGCCUCCUUCCCUUCCUUCCCUCUUCUCUCGCACACCCUGGCACAAUCGCUGUGUCAGCGUGCACGAUGAGCACGCAAUCAUCGGGUCCAUACAGCUACGCCCAGUCGCCAAGUCCACCCGAGACGGAUUUGGACGCCCUCUCUUUCGAUUCAGAGUGGUUGAAUGCUCUGCCUUUCCAUCCCAUCUUUAGUUGGGCAGGCACUCCAACCAAGCAGCCCGCAAGCACGCCAAAGUCCAACGUGGUCAUCAGUGGCUCGACGCUGUACGUGGCGCAAGGAAGACAAUUGCGGCAGAUCAGCCUAGUCAGCGCCAAGCAUGCCGCGCUGGAAGGGCUUAGAGGUGGCUUGAGCUUGGAGAGCGUGCUAGCCGCAGAGACGUACACCCUGCUCGCACCGCAACUGAGACAGGAUCGAUAUGCUCAGCCCUUCGCUCGCCCACGAUCCACCACUCCAGGGCCAAGCGCGAGCCAUGCGGAUAGUCAAGAGGUCGACUUUGAUUUCGAGAUUCAGUCGCUGGUCGUAAAUCCGACUGGCAGACUGAUCGCAGUGGUGGGCACGCACAGGCUCGUGGUGCUCGUUCUACCUCGAAGCGCUCAAUCCGGCCACUCGAGCGGCAAUGGUCAGCAAAUCAAGAGCUUGAAUUGCUUGGCGGACAGAGUCGGAGAGUGGUUUCACGAUGAACGAGCUUCGAAUGGCGCAGACAGUGACAAUGCUAUUUGUCAGGUCAAAUGGCACCCGUGGAGCGUCGAUGGUCUGGCCAUGCUGGUGUGCACGAGGGAUGGAAUGCUGCGGGAGUACAACGCUGCGACUCCAGGCGAUCCUGUUCAAACCGUUUCGCUUCUACCCUCAGCUAGUGCCAACUCAGCUCCUCACGCAGACGCAUACCGACGCUCAACACGCAGUCCAUCCUACGGAUUCGCUCACUCAGCGCCCUCGAGCGCGCAGCCCGGUUCCAAUAGACGCACCUCGGCCUCUUUCUCUGACAUCGCAGAGGGCAGAAGCUCAAAAAGGUGUGCGAGCUUUGUGCUUGGCGUUCGAGAGACGGAAGAGCGGGCAGGUGUUGAUAGUGGAGCCAGGCAGCCAGGCUUGGGAGAGGAUGAGGGUGCACACCCUACACAGCAGGAAAAGCAUAGCACCACCUUGUCUCAAGGGUGGGAAGCGCUGACCGUCUGGUCUGUGGCUGAAAAUGGCGAUUUCUACGCGCUGUGUCCCUAUCUGCCGGUUCAUGCAAACAUACCUCUUCAACUUUUGCCUACCUUGAGCGCGAUGUCUCAAUCGCUCUCGCCGAAUGAUCCCAUGCGCUCGCAAGCCCUGCGGUACGUUUCAGCGCUUCAGCGCCAAGCGCAGUCCCAGCUAGAAAGUCCAACUCGAUCUAGGAAGGAUGAGGACACCGCUGCGAGUGAGGGAAGUGUGCGUGUUCAGCCGCCUCCGCGCCAGAGCGGAAACAACAUCACCUUGCAGGGACCCUGUCUACUCUCGAGCUCCCCGCACGAGCUGUCGGACGUCAGGGAGGCGCUCGUGACAGAUCUUCUCUUGCUGCACCCUUCUCCGCUGGAGGAAUCCUCUGCCCCUCCCGCCAGCCUCGACAGCGCCAGAUUCGAAGUUGCCGUGGUUGCGAGUGAUGAUGGUCGCUUGGACUUGGCAAUCUUGCCCAGGCUCAGUCCUUCUUGGGGCAAGAACAUCAAGACUGCUUCUUCAAAACGGGUCCAGAGAGGCACGGUGCAGUCCUCGAACAGAUAUGGCUUUCACGACAGCUCGGACGAAGAUCAAGAUGACUCCGAUGAAUCUACGUCGCCUUCCAUUUUGCUUUACGAGACAGUCUCUUUAGGCGUUCAAGAAAGCGUCGUGGCCCGUCUUUCUCCUGAGAAAAGAGAAGAUUUAUCCGCCUUGGAGGCCGCAUUCUCUUCCCAAAGAACGACUUUGGUUCAAGACGCUCUGUAUGAUGACACGUUCUAUGCACAUCACUCGCUCGGCGCGCACGCCAUCUGUGUGGGAGAAUGGGCUCGAAGCAUCUCCACCGCACUCGCAAAAGAAGCGGACUCGGAAGAUGCACCACGAUCUGGAGCGCCUCUUGAUCAAGUGAUCAGAGAAGCCCCGCCUUCGACCGUCAGGUGGGCUGUCAAGACAUCCGCAGCUCUGCUUCCGUCACAGGACACGCCUGCCCAUCCAUUGUCGGGACUCUGCAUCAUGACGGACGUCUACCUUUCAUACGCUCUCAUCGCUUUGUCGCCCGGGCAGUCAGGAGGCGUGGCAGCUCUUGAGCUCAGCAUGCGAGUACCUGGACAACCGGAGCCGAGCGAUGGCGACUUGACCGUCGAUUGCACAAAGAGUGUGGGCGGCAAGCCCGCAGAAGAUGCGACUGCAAGCUCGGCAUACACCUCUUUGCUAGGCGAAGGCUUCUCGCUACCUACGAUUUUUAAAGACGCGCUGGGACUCGGACCCGGCAAUACGUCCAACGUUACCACUUCCAGGAUCAUCUCUUCUCCGUCUGUGGGCAAAGGCAAGGAAAUUGACAUGACGGCCGAGACGCUCAGAGCAUUGGGUCAAUCUGCUCAAUCUUUCAGGAUCAAAGCCAGGGCCGUCACCAGUGCUGUGCAGGCAGUCCAAGCGAGGCUCGAUUUGCAGCUGAGAGAGCUGGAGCGUCAGCUGAAAAAGUUCGAAGGCGUAAAGCAGAAGGUCGGUUUGCAACAGCAGCAGUACAAACAUGCGGAGUUGACCGAAAAUGUGAAUGAAAGGAUAGAAAGAGUGGCCAAGAGGCAAAAGGAGCUGGUGAAGAGGACAGAUCGGCUGCUUCAGGAUUUGAUGGACAAACAUCAGCCUGUGCUCAGCAUCUAUGAGGUCAAGUGGUUCGAGGAGCUUAAACAGCUAAAGAGCGUCGUCGGCCUCAAGAGGGAGGUCGAUGACGAUGAGCACGGCCAAAGAGGCGCGAUUGGCGCAGAUCUUUCGACCCAGGUCGAGAAGCUCUCGUAUCAGCUCUCCACUUUGCGACCUCAGCUGCGCACUUUGCAGCUUUCACAACGCUCGACGGUCGCGCGAGCAGGGCAGCCUGGAGUCAGACAGCUCGCAACUGUGCAGUCCGCAUUGACGAAGGAAGCUGCCUUAUUGGUCGAGGCGAGGGAGAAGAUCAAAAAUCUAUCGGGACGCGUGGCGCGCGAAACGAGAGAAGCGCGGGCGACGAGACGUGCGUGAUACGUGAAAGUUGCAGCUAGGCGAGGUGUCACAAAGAUAGCGGGGCCUGAUCAACUUGGCCGCCAGUGCAAAGCAUGUAAUUCGAAUCGUGACUGACGCUCCGAGUCGUGGGAAU